AUGGAGACCUUGUCAUCCCAGAACAUGACUGACCCUCCGCAACCUCCAUCCCACUUUCGAGUCCCAAUCAGUCUGAUGCAGUCCUUGGGGAGCCUCACUCCCAACUCCUCUAUUGGCGGAUCGAGUCAGACGGAUCCGCCAGCCUUGGUAAGGAACCAACAAACUCCAACCAUUGUCACUAAUACACCAAACUCUUCUAUUAAUGCAGGUGGACAGGCAACCUUAACGACACCAGAAGCCCAGACAAUUUCAAACAAUGGGCAGACAGCUCUUGAGGUUAACCUCCCCUCCUCCGGUGAUGGUAGACAGCCCACCACCUUGGAGAAACAGGUUACGGCAACUGAGGCAGCCUGCCAGACGGUUAGCGCAUCCCCAAUUGUAGAUCCGGCUUUGGCCCACAACCUAGCUGAGAUGGAAGCCCUCAUUCAGCGUAUCCCUGGGAUGUCUGCUCCUAUCAAGAAGAGAGCCGCAAGCUGCUACGCCGACUCACCAUUUGUCGAGGAGAUAGCUUUAGUGGAGAUGCCUAAGAAAUUUAGCUUCCCCAACAUGAAGAUGUUCGACGGGACAUCUGACCCAGACGACCACAUCGCCCAAUAUCGACAAAGGAUGUUCACUGUGGCCAUUCCACGUGACAUGAGGGAAGCAUGCAUGUGUAAGGGGUUUGGUUCGAGUCUAAUCGGACCAGCCCUCCAGUGGUAUACUAAUUUGCCUAAUAAUUCUAUUAAAACUUUUGCACAACUCACUGAUACUUUUGUUGAGCAGUUUGCCAGUAGCAAGAAAUUAGAGAAGCAAUCAGAAGACCUUUACGUCAUCGUCCAAUGA